AUGGCUGGACGGCGAGCGCUGCUUCUAAUGCACUUGCUUCUUGGGGUCCUGCGCUCAGAGGCCGCCAAAAUCCUGACUAUAUUGUUCCUAGGUGGAAGCCAUUACCUCCUGAUGGACCUGGUUUCUCAGAUUCUUCAAGAUCAUGGUCAUAAUGUCACCAUGUUUCACCAGGAAGGAAAUUCUUUGAUGUCAGGUUUUAAAGAAGAGGAAAAAUCAUACCAAGUCAUCAAUUGGCUUCCACCCAAAGAUCAUCAAAAAGGAUUUAAUGGGUGUUUUGAUUCUUUUGUGGAAGAAGCUUUGGAUGGCAGAGGAAGUUUUAAAAGCUUAAAAUUAAUUGAACAACUGGGGUUUCAGUGCGAUCAUUUGUUAAGCAGAAAGGAUAUCAUGGAUUCCUUAAAGAAUGAGAAGUUUGUCAUGGUGGUAGUUGAACUCUUUGACUACUGUCCUUUCCUGAUUUCUGAGAAACUUGGGAAACCAUAUGUGUCCAUUCUUCCUUCCUCAUUUGGUACUUGGGACAUUGGGCUCCCACGCUCUGUGUCUUAUGUUCCAGUAUUCCGUUCUUUGCUGACUGUCCACAUGAACUUCUGGGACGGAGUGAAGAAUUUUCUGAUGUUCUUUGAUUUCUUCAUGAAGCAAUGGAAAAUAGAGUCUAUGUUCGACAACUCCAUCAAGAAGCGUUUCCCAGAAGGAUCUAGACCAGUUUUUACCCAUCUUCUACAGAAAGCAGAAGUGUGGUUUAUUAAUGCGGACUUUGCCUUUGAUUUUGCUCUGCCCCUGCUUCCCAACACAAUUUAUGUUGGAGGCUUACUGGACAAACCUACUAAGCCAAUUCCCCAGGACUUGGAGAACUUCAUUGCUAUGUUUGGUGCUGGUUUUGUCCUUGUGACCCUGGGCUCCAUGGUGAGCAAGUAUCAGACCCAGGAAGACCUUAAGGAGAUGAACUGGGUGUUUGCCCACCUCCCCCAGGGAGUGAUAUGGAAGUGUGAAUAUUCUCUUUGGCCCAAAGACAUCAAAUUGGCUUCAAAUGUGAAAAUUGUGGACUGGCUUCCUCAGAAUAACCUCCUGGCUCACCCUACCAUCUGUCUUUUUGUCACACAUGGCGGACUGAUCAGCAUAAUGGAGACCAUUCAGCAUGGAGUGCCCAUGGUAGGAAUUCCUCUCUUUGGAGACCAGCCUGAAAACAUGGUCCAGCUAGAGGCCAAAAAGUUUGGUGUCUCUCUUCCAUUAAAGAAGCUCAAGGCAGAGGCACUGGCUCCGAAGAUGAAGCAAGUCAUAGGAGACAAGAGGUACUGCAGUGCCAGGGUCGUCAGGUGCUCCCACCCGACCCCUGCUCAGCGGCUGGUCAGCUGGACUGACCACAUCCUCCAGACAGGGGGUGCAGUGCACCUCAAACCCUAUGCCCUCGGGCAGCCGUGGUUUGAGCAGUACCUGCUGGAUGUCAUCUCGUUCCUGCUGGGGCUCACUCUGGGCACCAUGUAGCUUUGUGGGAAGCUGCUGGGCACGGCAGCCAGGUGGCUGAGUAGGGCCAAGAAGCUGAAGAAGACAUGA